GCGCAAGUACCGUUUCCAUUCGAAGCGUACUUGCAUCACGUCACGACGUUCGUCCCUCAUCGUCGGACUGAUCUAAUUACCAAGGAGAAAGCGUGCCUUUUAGGAAGCUUAAUUGCAAGGAAACAUCAUCGCGACGAGAGUCUAUCUUUAUCUACUUUGAAGCUUUCACUGAAGAUACACAUUAUCAUCUAAUCAAGACUUAAUCAAGAACACUUAUACGUGUUUCAAGACUUCACAAUGGCUGUACGAUUGUCUUCUAUGUUGUGACCACGCUACAUCUGAUACGAGAAACAAGAAGAAAUAAGGUGAAUAGAAGAGGAAUUUAGGAUAAUCUUGGCGUGCAAGACGGGUCCGUGAUCAAGUGAAGCGGCUGGACCUCCAUAUUGGGAGGUCGAGGACCGCUCGGUGAAGCGUUUGGGCCUUGGAAGAAGGCCUAACAUAUAUAAAAGAUGAUAGAUCCAAGUUCAUCGGAGGAGGAGAGCGAAGAGGACCAGAGUACUCACCAUGGAGGUGGCGGCGGUGGCCGUGGAGGUAGCGGAAGCUCCCACGGUUCCCACCACCAUCCUGCUGGUGGUCCUGGAGGUGGUACAGUUUCCGGGAGCGUUGGUUCGCUCGCAUCGGGCAUCACCGCGUCUCCUGGUGGCUCGAACCACGUCGGUCCAGCCGGUGGUAUUGGCACACAUGGUCCAGCUCGUACUGCCGGCACGCUCUCACAAGAUUCUGGUUCUGCUCUCGACGUACCAAGUAUUUCGAGUGCAAGAAAUUCUUUGUCACCCUCUAUGAGUGCAGCUCAAGAUGCUGCAAAUUAUUCUCAGAGACCAACCAGUCCUUCGCCGUCUGUUGCUAGUGAAAAAACUGAAGUGGAUUUGCAGGAUAAACAAGAGAGAGAAGAAGAAGAAAGGAAGACCAGGAUACAACUGUACGUUUUUAUUUCACGAUGCAUUGCUUACCCAUUCAAUGCGAAACAACCGAUGGAUAUGACACGUAGGCAAAUGAAAGUAACGAAGCAACAACUCGAAACAAUCUGCUCUCGCUUUCAGGGUUUCUUGAAAGGUGAAACGCAGAUAAUGGCCGACGAGGCUUUCCGCAAUGCGAUACAGAAUUACUUCGACGUAUUUCUGAAAUCAGACAGAGUAGUUCGAAUGGUACAAAGCGGUGCUUGUUCCCAAUUCGACUUCCGUGAGGUAUUUAAGAAGAACAUUGAAAAACGUGUUCGAAGCCUCCCGGAAAUCGACGGGCUGAGCAAAGAGACUGUGCUUACGUCCUGGUUGGCCAAGUUCGAUUGUAUCAUCAAGGGGACAGGUGAUGAAGACACAAAGAGGCCUUCCAGGAUGCAACAGCAGUCUUUGAACUCGGAAUUGAUAUUGUCGAAGGAGCAGUUGUACGACAUGUUUCAGCAAAUCCUUGGAAUUAAGAAGUUUGAACAUCAGCUUCUGUUCAACGCCCUCCUGUUGGACUCAGCCGACGAACAGGCUGCCGCCAUCAGGAGGGAGCUGGACGGUCGCAUACAAAAAGUCAACGAAAUGGAGAAGAACCGCAAGCUCAUGCCGAGGUUCCUCCUGAAAGAGAUGGAGUCGCUCUACAUCGAGGAGCUCAAGUCGUCUAUCAACCUGCUAAUGGCUAAUUUGGAGUCGUUACCGGUCUCCAAGGGUUCGAUAGACAGCAAAUACGGGCUGCAGAAGCUGAAGCGCUACAACUAUCGUGGUGAGCGCUCCCGCUGCCGCGGUCAGGGUUCCCUCGCUAAACUGGAGGGCGACUCCGCUGAUUCCGAUCCCCAGCUGUCAAAAAUAGACGUCGGCCUGACUUUCCAAUUGGAAGUAGUUGUUAUGGAGGUCAAAGGCCUAAAGAGUCUAGCACCCAAUAAAAUAGUUUAUUGCACUAUGCAAGUGGAGGGUAGCGAGAAGUUACAGACUGAUCAAGCCGAAGCGUCCAAACCAAUGUGGGAUACUCAGGGCGAUUUUACCACGAUGCAUCCUCUCCCCGUAGUGAAAGUUAGACUUUACACAGAAAAUCCAGCUGUAUUGGCUUUGGAGGAUAAGGAAUUGGGAAAGGUUGUAUUGAGGCCAACUCCACUUUCAUGCAAAGUACCAGAAUGGCAUCGAAUGAGGGUACCAAAGAAUAAUCCUGAUCAAGAUCUCCGUAUGAAGAUAGCUUGUCGAAUGGAUAAGCCAUUGAACAUGAAACAUUGUGGUUAUCUUUACGCUCAGGGCAAGUCUGUAUGGAAAAAGUGGAAGAAGCGAUAUUUUGUGUUGGUCCAAGUCUCGCAGUACACAUUUGCGAUGUGCUCGUAUAAAGAAAAGAAAAGCGAGCCGUCGGAAAUGAUGCAGCUCGAUGGCUAUACCGUGGACUAUAUCGAAGCUAUUUCCGCUAAUCUCAUGGUCGGCAUGGAUUUAGAAGGCGGAAGGUUCUUUUUCAACGCGGUACGUGAAGGUGACAAUAUAGUCUACGCCUCGGAUGACGAAAACGAAUGCCAUUUAUGGGUAAUGGCUAUGUACAGAGCGACAGGACAGUCGCACAAGCCGACACCACCAGUAUCCGUGGCAGACAAGAAUUCAACGAUUAGCAAGAUUCAAGGAGAUGCUGACAGAGCUAAGAAACAUGGAAUGGAAGAUUACAUUAGUGCGGAUCCAUGUAAAUUCGAUCAUCAUGCACUUUUCAAAUUUCUACAGAAUUUAAUCCUGGACUACAGACUGAACGAUCCUUAUUGCUCCUUGGGUUGGUUCUCUCCUGGUCAAGUUUUUGUGCUUGAUGAGUAUUGUGCUAGAUACGGUGUGCGUGGCUGCUUCCGUCAUCUUUGUUACUUACACGAUCUUCUAGACAGAGUCGAUCGUGGACUUAUGAUAGAUCCAACGUUGCUACACUUUAGCUUUGCUUUUUGUGCUACUCACGUUUAUGGUAACACCACGGAUGGCGUAGGUUCGAUCACUCACGAGGAAAAAGAUAAAUUUCAGGAGGUCAAAGAGAGACUUAGAAAAAUCCUUGAAAAACAAAUUACAAAUUUCAGAUAUAGCUUUCCAUUUGGACGACCAGAAGGUGCUUUGAAGUCUACCCUAUCUCUUUUGGAACGUGUUUUGAUGAAGGAUAGUGUAACACCAGUUCCGCAAGAAGAAGUUAAAGGCUUGAUCAAGUCCUGUUUAGAAACGGCAGCUCUCGUAAAUUACACGAAGCUGUCGGCGGAAGCUAAGAUCGAAGAUGAUUUCAGUGGCGAGGUUUGCGUACCUCCUAGCAAAAAGUUGGAGGAUUUAAUACAUCUUGCCGAAUUGUGCGUCGAUCUCCUCCAACAAAACGAAGAGCAUUAUUCGGAGACUGUACCGCAGGCGUUCGCCUGGUUUAGCGAUCUCAUGGUGGAGCACGCCGAGAUCUUUUGGUCGCUUUUUGCUGUCGACAUGGAUAAGGUCUUGGCUGAGCAACCACCUGAUACCUGGGACAGUUUCCCACUGUUCCAGAUUUUGAAUGAUUAUCUUAGAACAGAUGACAACUUGAAGAAUGGAAGGUUUCAUCAACACUUGCGUGACACGUUUGCUCCGUUGGUCGUACGAUACGUCGAUUUAAUGGAAACAUCAAUUGCUCAGUCCAUUCACAAAGGAUUCGAAAAAGAACGUUGGGAGAUCAAAGGAAACGGUUGUGCAACCUCCGAAGAUCUUUUCUGGAAGCUCGAUGCUUUGCAAUCGUUUAUCGGUGGCUUACAUUGGCCAGAUCAAGAAUUUCGACAACACCUAGAGCAACGAUUGAAACUGAUGGCCUGUGAUAUGAUAGAAUCGUGCAUUCAGAGGACAGACACGGCUUUUCAGCAAUGGCUUAAAAAGGGUGUGACGUUUACAUCGACCGAUUAUAUAAUACCAUCUGAAAUGUGUGCUAUGGUGAAUGUUAUUUUGGAUGCAAAGAAUCAGAGUUUCAAACUUUGCACUGUCGAUGGCGUCGACGUGCAUCAAUAUCAUUCGAAGAUCGAUGAUCUAUUAGAAAAAACUUCAGCCGCAAUGAACCAGGGAAUGAUUAAUAAAUUAGUUACAGUUUUGGAAACAACAUUGUCCAAGUUAUCUCGUUACGAUGAAGGAUCUCUUAUCGGUUCUAUCCUUAGCUUUACGAAGGUGUCGGGAAGCGGUAAGGAAAUGGGUCAAGCGUACGUUAAUUUCACAAGGAAUUGUAUGGAUCAGAUUCGUAGCAAAGUACUCGACGAAUUAUGGAUUUUGACUUUCUUCGAGCAAUGGUACACCGCACAAAUUCAAAUGCUGUGCACGUGGCUGUCCGAGAGACUAGAUCAUAGUUUACAUCUUUAUCAAUGUACCUGUCUCGCUCACAUCGUUAAGAAGAUCUAUUCGGACUUUGAGCUUCAAGGUGUGAUGGAGGAAAAGCUCAACUCGAAGACAUAUCAGACUAUAUCCAAAAGGAUGCAGACGGAAGAAGCAACUUGUGCCUUAACCAUGAGCGCUCAGAACGAAGAAGGACUUUCCGAAAAUGGUAACGACGAAGACGUGGAAAGACCAAAAACAAAGGUGACGAUCGUGGAAACGAUGGGAGGAGAAGAUGCGAACUAUGUAGCAAAUAUCAGCAACGUAACUUCUAACGUUGUUGGCAAAGUCGGCAGUAUGUUCGGCAAGGGUAUCGGUGGUCUCUCUGGCAAAUUUGGUGGUGCCACCAGUUGGUUCUAGUUAUUAUUUCUAGUAUUCUGCCAGUAAACUUUAUAUUUGUCUAGAGGAAUGUUCCUUCGUUAUAAGUAAAUAAGACACACAGACAGACGGACAGACAAAAAGAGAAAGGGAGAGAAAGAGAGAGAGAAAGAAAAAGAGAAAGAGAGAACUCAGGUGACAGGACUUCUAAUACAUAAAUAUAGCACAGUAUUUUAAACGUAUACAAUGAUUUAGAAUUUCGUCCAUACAGCGAAUUUUCCUGAUUAAAUGUUUUAAUCGGUCGGGAACUCUUUCGAUUUCUCGCAGUUUGAUUAUGAAAUUCAACAUUUUUAACUUGUAGCAAUGUUACGAUCGAUUGAAGAUCUUUUGAAUAGAAGGAAGGAAUGAAAGAAAGAAGGAAAGAAAGAAAGAAAGAAUGAAAGAAAGAAAGGAAGGAAGAAAGAGAGAGAGAGAGAGAGAGAGAAACUGUUUCUAAUAUCUACACGUAUAUAAACACAUUGAGAUUUUCUCACGCGAUUUAUCCAUUAUUUUGGAUAUUGGAAUAGAGAAAAAAAGAUUGCAUCUGUCCAUUAAGAAAUGAACUUCAGAGAAUAAGUCAAAAACGAGUAUAAUUAUAAAUAUACCUUAUGCAAAAUAUAUACAUAUGUAUAUAUAACAGAUGCAUAUACAUAUACAUUCGUAUAUUAUAUGUACUCUGUAAUUAUGAAGUACUCAAAUACAUUUUCUCGAAAAUGUACACCAAAUACGUCGUUAAAUAUUAGCAGACAUUGUGACAACAUAUACGUAUACGUAUUCAAAUUGGGUAGACCAAAAGUUUUUAGGUAAUUUUAAAAAUUCAAUUUACGCUAUUUUUCGAAACCCUUCUAGGCUUUUUUAUCAGAUUGUAAAACUACAAGCUUCUAGUUUGUUUGAACGAUCUGAAAAAAGAAAAGAAAAAUUAGCCUGAAAUGUCUUGAAAAAGAGUAUAACUAAUUUGUUAAAAUCACUUAGGGACUUUUUGCCGACCCUAUAAAUGAAAAUAAAAUUUUCAUCGAGUCCGUGUAACUACAAGAAAAUGUGCUAUAUACAUACAUAUUAUUAUUAUUAUAUAAAAGAAAAGAAAGAGAGAUAGGGGAGGUGUAUGAAAAUGUUAAGAAAACAAAAUUGAAUUAUGCAGAGAAUUACAAGAUAUGAUUUUUGGAGAAAGAUUUCUUCGGUCGAUUGCAACGUAGCUCGGUAGAGAGAAAAGAAGAAAAAAGAAAAAUUGUCUCUAAUAAGUAAAAGAGAAGCGUCGACUUUCUAACACGGGAAGAAUACUUUCAUAGUUGUUAGGUAUACGAUUGCUGUUAUCUGUUGGACGACCAUUCUUAUAUUCCUCUAUAACAAUCUCUAAAAAAAUUAAUUAGAAUUAAACCUCUUCGAAUUUAAUAUUUUCAAUAGACGUUAUUUGUCUUGUUUUAGCUAACUUUUACUUUUGCAAACUAUAAUAAUCAGUCCAUAUUAUAACAUAAUCGUAUUGUUUUCGAUUAGAAAGUAAUACAAACAAAACUUAUCUGCAUCGUCCUUUACUUUUUUACACUCGAAACAUAAUACAUAAAAAUAGAAAAAAGAAAUUGCAAAUCUGUAAUUACAUCGACUUUUUUCUUUUUCUUUCUUUUUUUUUUUUUCAAUCGAUCGCCACCAAAAGUGAAGCUGAAAUUUUCGAAAGUUGGAUAAUUUCCCAAACGGCAAUAAAUAUCUUAUAAAUAAGAACUUAUAUUCUCCAAUGAUGACGAUGAUAAUAAUGAUAUAAUGUCUCUAUAUGUACAAUUAAUUAAUUAAUUAAUUAAUUACAAGUUAAAAAUAUAGACUGGAAGAGUAACAUUUUUCAUAGUUUUCGCGAAACAGAAUCGAUAAAGAAAAUAGUUUCGAUGGUACUAGUUUAAAAAUAAUUCAUGACACGAGAAUAAAAAAGAAAGAAAACAGAAGAUAAGAAAUAUGAAUAAAUAGGACAGCCAAGCUUUCUCUAUAUUCAGAUUAAACAAAUGAUUUUGUGAAUGGUCGCUGUUAACCAUCAGAAGCAGUGAACGUGGGGAAAAAAAUAUAUAUGUGCGUGUAUGUAUACACACACUCAUAUAUAUAUAAUGUUACGAACAUAAAGAUAUGUGGCAAUGUAUUGGUCGUUGAUUACAAAAGUGGAAAAGGAAAGAUAAAUAAAUAAAUAAAUAAAUAACUAAAAUAAAUAAAUAAAUAAAUAAAUGUGGCCCGUGCCUUUAAAAUACAUACUUGCAAAGAGGGAGAGGAGAGAGAAAGAGAGAAAGAGAAAGAGAGAGAGAGAGAAAAUGAGCUGACAUACAUAGAUUGAAACAGAGAUUAUCGAUCGAAAUCGAGACUUUACUUAACGAAGGACGAAUUGGCAUGAGAUGAGAAUUCGAUAAAACGAUUUUUUUCCUCAAUUAACAACAACAAAAAUAAAGUAAUCGAACGUGUAAAAUUGGAAGUACAUAUGUAGAUACCUAUAUAUUUCUCUCUUCUAUAUAGUUUUUUUUGUUUUUUCUUUUGUCCUAUCUUAUAAAUAUUCUACAAAAAAAGUAAAUGUUAUGUAGGUUUACAUUAAAACGUGGACGUUAAUCUUUUAACGCGUUUAAUGUGUGCAUAUUUUCAAGGAUUAAACGUAAAAAAAGAAAAAAAGAGAAAAAAAUAAUAUGAUAAAAAUGCCACAAUAAUGAUCGUACUACAUUAGCAAAUGUUCCAUUUAGUUUGAUAAAUCGUUGAAAGUGCAUAGCGAUACGCGCGAAAUAUUAGUUGCACGAAGAAGGAUAUGGAAAAUCGUUUUUACAACCUCAGAUAUAUUAAUAUGUGACUACAACUUUUUCACGAUUUCGAAAAUUGUCAUUUGAAUAUAAUUAACAAAAAAAAAACAAAGAUAAAGAACAAGAAUAGAAAAAGAAGAAAUUAAUAAAAAAUUUUUAAAAAUGUGAGCCCAAUUAUCGCGAUGAAGUUUAAAUAUCAUUGAGAUUUAUCUAUAGAACUAUUUGACUGUAUCUCUACCUCAUGUUCAAAGAAAUAUUUUUGUCUAACUUGUACGAAUUUGAACGUGUAAAGUGAGUGAACAAUACAUGGUAACAAAUAUUUUAUUGUUCUAAAUAUUCUAAUUUAAUUAUUACUAGUAUUAUUAGCUUCACUUGUUAUUACUAAUUGGACUAAUGUACAAUAAUGAUUCUCUUUAUACAUACGAGAUUAUUUCUAAUAAUGUGCAUUAUUUUAAAAAUUUUAGAAAUUUUUACAAAGAUUGUAUAAGUAUUGAAAAACUUUGAAAUUCACAAAUGUAAAAACUGAAGAAACUGAAAUCACGUCAAAUUCUUUCUUUUUUAAAGAAACUGAAACAUAUCGAGUGCAGCUCCGAUUAUAAAACAAAACCGAAAAAAAUAAAGUAUCGUCUCCGAAACGAUUUUCAUCCUUCCUCGAUGCGCUGAGCAGUGAUAUAAAGAAACUAAAACUUGGAAAAAAAAAUAAUAAAAAAUUAAAAACUGCAGAAAAAAAACAAGAAGAGACAAUUUCGUACGCGACAAAAAAAAUUUCAAUAUGACAUCUGGAUAAGAUGUUUGUUCUGUUACAAAAAAGAAAAGAAAAGAAAAGAAAAAAGAAAAAAUACAUAUUGUAUAAUUAUCCCGUUCGUUUGUAAAUAUUUUUAGAGGAAAAGGAGAAGGAGGAGGAAACCAAAAGGGAGGAAGAGCGCAGCAAUUUUUAUAUGAAUUCAAAUUAUCACGUUCUCUCGUUGUAUGUAUGACAAUUAUACGGUGCUUCAAAAUUUAUUUGAAGACAUGAUAAAAAAGAUUUAAAAAAAAGUAAAUAAAUAAAUAAAAGGAAAAGACGAAAAAAUAAUGCCAAAAAGUUAACAACAAAUAUUCCGUUGAUUACAGUCUUCGAUCAGAAACAAUUUCCUAAAUUUGAAGAAAGAAAGAAAAGGAAAUUAAUUAAAAAAAAAGGAGUAAGAUGAAAGCUAAAAACAAUAACGAUAAUAAUAAUAAUAAUAAUAAUAAUUAUAAUAAUUAUAAUAAUAAUAAUUAUAACAACAACAACAACAACAACAACAACAACAACAACAACAAUAAUAAUAAUAAUAAUAAUUAUAAUUAUAAUAAUAAUAAAAAAUUUUCGCAUGGUACCAACAAUCGCCUUUGAUGGGAUAAUUUUGACAAACUAAUUUUCAUUGUCAAAAUCCGAGAGAAAGAAAGAGAGACAGAGAGAGAGAGAGAGAGAGAAAGAGAGAGAAAGAGAGAGACGUAUGACAGUUUCUUAAAAGAUUAAAGAAAAAAGAAGAAACAGAUAAAAGAGAAAAAGAGAAAGAAAAGUAAUUGUUAUCACACCGUAUACAUGAUUCUUUUCAUCUCGUAUGUAUCAUUGAGUGUUUAAACACAACCACGCAACAACAAAAUAAUAACAAUUACAAGAAGAACAACAAUAAAAAGAAGAAAAGAUAAAUUAACAAAGCUCUUCUAAUCUUGUCGAUCCGCGUAAAAAAUAAAAAAAAAGCACAAACUAUUAUAAGUAAAUGUGCAAGACAUAAUACUUUUGAUAAAUGACAUCAGUUGAUACGAUUGUCAACGUUGGGCUAAACAGAAAAAAAAAAAACAAUAAAUUAGAUUUUUUCUAUUUUUCUUUCCUUUUUUUUUUUACUUAUGUUACAGUACAUUCAUUCAGGAUAAUUUUUCUCUUUACACAUUAACACACACUUUGACCGAUCUCCUUCUACUUAUAUAUCUUUUCAUUUUCUCUCUCUAUCUAUUUCUACUAGAUAUAUAUUAUUAUAAUUAAUUAUUACUUAUUAACGAUUAAUUAUUAAGAGCUCUUGUGCCGAACGCGCCGACUAAUUUAAAAAUCUGUCCUUAGGUUUGGAGACAUUGUAUACUUAGGUUUCUUUCCAUGUAAUUAUUUUAACUAUUAUUUCCUUUUCGGUUACCCGAGGAAGAGAAAAUUAAAAAAGAAAAAAGAUGAAAGGAAAUUAUUGAAAAGACAUAUAAUAUCGAAACGUUAUCAAAAGUAAAGCUACUCUAAAAUCAUUAUAUUGUACCUAUAUUGACGCUAACGAGUCGUUAGAAUUAUUAUGAUUAUCAUUAUUAUUCUUACUAUUGGUAUAAUUAUCUCUCUAUAAUCUAUGACUAAUUAGAUUAGAACAGUUACGAAACGAUCUCUGCGCCGGCAAUAGUAAUCUAUACACCGAAUGGGACUUAUGUACGGAUUUUUGUGUACAUGUAUACAUUAUACACACACACAUAUAUUUACAGAGUUACAGAGUAACAGAACACCCACACACACAAACGUUUAUACAAACAAGAAAGAUUACUCUUCCCUUUUGUCUCCUCCUAAUCUACAUUCUAAUCGAGACACUUAAAUUACACAUACACUUACAAACAAAAACAAAACAACACAUUUUACCUCUUUAAUCCACCCUCGCUCCCCUUUACUCACUCUAUCUUUAUGUCCGUCUCUGUCUCUUCAUGUUGCGUUUAAAACCACAAAGAGAUACUUAACUUACCUUAACUUAUCUUAACUUAACUUAACUUAACUUAACUUAACUUAAAAAGAAAUAAAAAGAAAAAAAAACAAAAACAACAACAAAAACAAAAUAAAAAAACAAACAAACUUCGGCCGUGGAGAGAGGAAGAUAUCUUUUUAAUUCUUUAGCCAAUGUUCUAGUCGAUUUAACUUCUACUCAAAACUGUUGUUCUCUCGUUAAUAAAAAGUCCGACGAAAAAAAAAUUUAUGACGAAAAAAAAAGAAUUAACAAAACAAUGAACGGUCCAAAACGUAUCCCCGAAAUUUACUUCCUUCAUAAGCAAAAUGUGACAAAGAAAGAAAGAAAAGGAAAAACCGAAAGAGAAAAAAAGAAAUGGGAAGAUCGAAGAUCGAAGAAGAUAAUGAUGCAUGUUAAUAAAUAACCAAACAACAAAUAUAUAUAUAUAUAUAUAUAUAUAUAUAUAUAUAUAUACACAAAUUAUAUAUGUAUGUAUACACAUAUAUAAAUGAUCAUCCACUCAUCUAGCCCUUCUUCACUAAAAUAGGAAAAAAAAAAGAAAAUUUUUUAUCAAACGCUAAACUGACCACACAUAUCUACAUACAUACCUACAUAAAUACAUAUUACAUAUACAUUUUAGUGCGAGAUAUAACUUGAUUUUAAAGAAAAAGAAAAAAACCAUGCGCGCUGACAUUAUUUACUCACGCAGGAAUUUUCAUGCACGCAAACACACGCAUUUUCACAUGGCAUUGUCAUUGUAUAAGAAGAUGAAAAGAAGAGGAGGAAGAGAAAAUUAAUAUUGAAAAAGAGCGAUCUACCUUAUGUAAAUAAACGAUAUAUGUACGUUGGUACCUCA